GCCGCGUGUUCCCACGCGAUCGCGUUGCUGUCAGUGUGUCGCGAACGGCGUUCAGUGUUGACAAGCGCAAAGUUACGAGGACGUUUCGCGUGUAUCGUCGCCGUUGUCUUAUGCGACGGCAGGCAUGGCCAGCGCCACGACGUUCUGUCUGCUGCUCGUCGUCGCACUGGCGGACUCGGACCCUGUCGCGCGGCGCAAACUGCGCUCGUGGGUGAACCCGGGCUGCGAGGAGCCGUGCCGCGUGCGAAACGUGACGGCGAUCUACCUGAGGGCCGACGGCGCCAACGACACCUUGCACUACCUGUGGGACUUCGUCGGCACCCCGUCCGUGCUGCUGGCGCUCACGACGCCUUCCGCCUGGCUCAACAUCAGUUGGCCCGAUUAUCUCGCCAGACGGGAGAACUCGCUCAGUUUCUCGGAGAGGCCCGCCUACUCUUUCGGGGUGAUAAUAAACAAGAUUAUCGAAUUCAACGACGUAAAUGACACGGCACUGAUUGACACUGCCGACGUCAUUAAUAACGUAUUGCGUCCCGAGUAUUUCACCUGGCGGCGCCUUUCCCUAUCGCAAAAGAGCGAGUUCGUCUACCUGGAUAUGGAGGGUAACUCUUAUCACGAUACAGCUAAGGAUAUCAGCAGAUACGGGAGUAUAAAGCUUUCGCUCCGAGGAUUCUGCACCGUCGACCAUUCGGACACGUUGCCGCACAUGUUGCACACCGAAAACUCCACGCAAGUGGACAUCAUCCUCGACCACAUCCAGACCAACGGAACCUUUUCCAACAGCAGAUUCGCUAUCGAGCUGCUCGCGGUUGGCGGUGGCGAUCCCGAGGUACCGAUGUUCGUUGAUCCGAAAAAGAGCCUCGACGACGAGCAUACCCCGGGUAUAUUCGAGGUUGUCGAAGUUAGAACGCCACCCUACAGGGAACUGGACGGCGCGCUGAACGCCGGGUCGUAUUUACAAUGGCGGCCGGUGUCGUACGAUACCGCGUCGCGCGACGUAACCAGUUCCACGGGGACAGUCCAGUAUCCACCAAAACAAGUGUUCAAUCAUUCGAGCGCCAUUAAAAAUUCGAUGCUCUACUGUUACUACGGCGAAGCCGCGGACGAUCUUUUGCUGCAGAAGCUGACGGUUUCCCUGGGCUCGAGAGGAGACGGUUUUUACAAGAAGACGAGUUACCUGACGUGGACUUUCGUGAUCGGAUACGGCACACCACCCGAGGAGAGGUUCUCUUCUCUAGUCAUUAUGAUUAUUUCGAUCGGCCUUGGCCUUCCUUUGCUCAUUAUGGUCAUCACCGGCCUGUAUCUUUGCAUUCGCAAAAUGCCGAAACGGCAUGGCAACGUAUAUUUAAGCCGGUGAAGCACUCGCCGCUCGUGUGCCAUGUGGUUUCUUCGUAUGUCGCGUGUACGUUUAGGUGCAUCGCUACUACACAACCUAUUCUUCACAAAGAGAUAUUCCUAUAUUUAUACAACACAUACAUAUAUAUAUUUUUACACGAAUCAUUAGCUCGGAUCUGAUAUAUCAGUGUGAUAAGCGUGAGUGAUAAUUCGUUCUCUCAUAACGUAUCUAGCUCUUGUCGAGAUUCUAGCGUAGCCCUCUGGUUCUUCGUUUCGAUAUUUUACGAGAACGCGUUGUUCGUUGACGCUCGAUAAAGAGGAUAAAAGCAAUAACGUUUCUUUUGCGCUAUGCGCUAUGAGAGAACGGCACGUUAAUUUGUUACAACGAAUGAUUGAACUUUUCUAGGCAAUUUAUAAUUGAACGCCGAUUGUAUGCACGAUUUACGAAAUAUACGAUAAGUUAGUACGACAUUUUA